AUGUCAUAUCCGGCCCCUCCAGGUCUCUCAUCCUCUACCUCACAACCUCCUGCUUCUCUUCCGGCACGACCACCACCUUCAACAGUCAGUCCUGCUCCGCCGUUCAGACCUGCCUUGAGCGCUACCUCACCAAAUCCUGCCCUCACAGCAUUCGCACCACGUUCGGUAGCAACAGCAAACACCUAUCGGACAAGUAGUCCAGCACACUACGCUGCUACACCCGUCCCAUCAUACGGCACAGGCACACAACACCAACAAACCACUCAACCUCAAUAUGAUCCAACAUAUUCAGCUGCUCCACAAAUCCGCAAUCCUUUCGUCCCCACACCAGACACGUCGUCCUCGAACGCCUACCUCUCUGGCUACGAUGCGGAGUACGAAGCACAAGUACAACAAUGGCAAAGUGCCUACAUGAAUAAAGAGAAUGGCAAUGCAUCUUCGUCAAUAUCUAAAUCAGCAGGAGGACAUAACGCUUCAACUGGAUCUACAUCACGAAACGAACCUACGGCUCAAACCGAUAAUGUGCCGAAAACAGUACAUCGUUCUGGUGGAGGCAUGACAUGGACAGAUUCUACCCUCCUAGAAUGGGAUCCUGCACACUUCCGCAUUUUUGUUGGCAAUCUCGCCGGCGAAGUCACAGAUGACUCUCUCCUCAAAGCCUUCUCACAAUACCCCUCCGUUCAGAAAGCACGUGUGAUUCGUGACAAGCGAACGACGAAAUCUAAGGGUUACGGAUUCGUAAGUUUUGCCGAUGGGGACGAUUACUUCCGUGCCGCGAGAGAGCAGAAUGGAAAAUAUGUGGGAAGUCACCCGAUCGUGGUGAAGAAAGCUACAACUGACAUUCGACCAUCGACGGUAAAGCAGAACCACCAUAAAGGAAAGAGUGGGGCUGGUGGGCAUGGAAAAGUAGAACAUGGCGGAGUCCAUAAGAAAGGGCCCAAGACGAAAGGAGGACUAAAAGUCUUGGGAUGA